UUUUCUUUUUGCGGGUCGGGUUGAAAGAUCAAGUGUCGUAGUCGGUUUACAAUCUGGUGGUCGGAAUUUGCGUUACUCCUUAGUAAAACCGGCGAAAUGGCAGCCAAAGAAAUCCUGCAGUUAGAUCUGUAUUCGCUUCUAGGUGUUGGGGAGGACGCUACAGACAAAGAGAUAAAGAAAGCAUACAGACAAAAGGCUUUGAAGUGUCAUCCUGACAAGAACCCAGAUAACCCCAAAGCAGCGGAAUUGUUCCAUCAGUUAUCACAGGCUCUGGAAGUCCUCACAACUGCAGCAGCAAAGGCAGCCUAUGAUCAAAUUAGGAAAGCCAAAAAAAGGGCAGCAGAAAGGAACCAGAAACUCGACAGCAAAAGGAAGAAGGUUAAGCUUGACUUAGAGGCCCGAGAGCGAGAAGCCCAGCUCAAUGAAGAUGAAGAAGUUAAGAUUACAAAGAAUUUAGAUGAAGUGAUUGCCAAGCUGAGGGAGGAGGGCUCCAGAAAUUUACUGAAGCAGCAGAGGCUCAUCGAAGAACAGAUAAUACUGGAAAGAGAGCAGAGGUUGCGAGGUUUUGCUGUCCAAACAGACUCCAAAAACAAACCAACCCCCAAGCUGAAACUCAGAUGGAAGUGUAACAAGGACGAUGAAUCAAAUGGUGGUUAUUCUCAUGAAUUUCUCCUAUCAAUCUUGCGAAAGUAUGGGGAAGUUUUGAACCUGCUCAUAUCCAGUAAAAAGAAAGGUAGUGCUAUAGUGGAAUUUUCCUCAACCAGGACCGCUGAGCUGGCCCUCAAGAAUGAGACUGGCUUAAUAAGUAACCCCUUGAAGAUUUCCUGGCUGGAAGGACAACCCCCUGUAAACACCAAGAACAACACACCAAAUGUCUCAUCAGCUUCUGUGGAGACGGGCACACACAGUUUGUUACAGAACACUGCGCGGACAGAACGGGAUUACGAGAGUCUUGUGAUGAUGCGGAUGCGACAGGCAGCAGAAAGACAGCGUCUCAUUGAAGAGCUUCAGAAAGAUGAUGACUGAACAUGUCGUGGGACUGUAUUUGCACUUU